UCCGCCUCCCCUCUCACACACGGCAACGACACCGCACGGCAUGGCAGCCACACUUUCCCAAAUCCCAAUCCCAAUCAAUUCCCAGCGUCACCGAAAAUAAUCGAGAGCAGAGCCGUGGCGGCGGCAGGCCAGCGUGCCACGCUGCUGCGUAGGAAUCCUCGGCGACGGGGCGUCCUCGAAUCUCUCAUCUAGCUGCCGGCAGUGGUGUUCGCCAAGCACGGCGUGAAUGGUCUCCUCCAGAAGCUAGUGGGCGCACGCGGGGACCUCGAAUUCCUCCUCACCAAUUCUUCUGGUGCAGGUGCUGGACUGGGGGUCAAGCGCAGAUCCGUUAGGGCCUGGAUCGAUUUCUUCUCUUGAUUGAGAUUCGUUGACAAGUGCAUCUGCUGCUGGAUUUGUUUGGCGGGGACGGGAACCACAGGACGUGCUAGCUGUGAAGUGUGCGGAGAUGUACCGUGGCGGUCUUGAUCGCUUCAAGAAGGCGCAGACCUUGGAGCCCUUCUCGGUACAGUCUGGGUCGGGCACCAAGAAUGCACCUGCAGCUGCAAGAACAGCAAAAGCGCCACCUGCUCCAUUGACAGUGCCGCAGAAUUCUAAUUUCGUGUCAGGUCAGAACCACCAAAGUCCGCAAGGGGCCAGCUCAAGGGUGGCUGGGCAAGAUGGUGUUGCUCCUGGGCAUGUUGGGACACAGGUUGGUGGAGGGCAAUCAACAUGGCAGCCUCCAGACUGGGCGAUUGAGCCGCGCCCUGGGGUUUACUAUCUUGAUGUGUUGAAAGAUGGGGAGGUUAUUGAUAGGAUCAAUCUAGACAAGAGAAGGCAUAUAUUUGGGAGGCAGGUGCCUGCUUGUGAUUUUGUGUUGGAUCAUCAGUCUGUUUCACGCCAACAUGCUGCUGUCAUUCCACACAGGAAUGGAAGCAUCUAUGUUAUCGACUUAGGAUCAGUUCAUGGCACAUUUGUUGCAAAUGAGAGAUUAACGAAAGACAAUCCUGUUGAACUUGAAGUUGGACAGUCACUUCGCUUUGCUGCAUCAACCAGAAUCUAUAUACUGCGAAAGAACACAGCUGCACUAUUCCCAACUCCUAGCCUUCCAUCAGAUGUCAGUUUACCAUCUCCUCCAGACCCCAACGAUGAAGAUGCUGUUGUGGCAUACAAUACAAUACUUAACCGAUAUGGUAGUAGUAAAUCUGACCUAUCGUCCAGUUCCAAAGAUUCAUCAGGAGGUGCCUCUGGUGCAAAUGAUGAUAACCAUACAGUUGAAAGGCCCUUAAAGAGAAGUAAAAAGUUGAGAGUAUCCUUUAGAGAUCAGGUUGGAGGAGAACUUAUCCAAGUGGUCGGCAUUUCAGAUGGUGCAGAUGUUGAAACUGAACCAGGCCCUAUAGGUGUGAAGGAAGGUACCCUUGUUGGGAAGUAUGAAUCUCUUGUAAAGGUUACUGUCAUACCGAAAGGAAAGGAGCAAAUUUCACCAAAAGGAAGUACCUCCCCAAGUGGGGUAACGGAUAAGCUACAAGAGGUUCUUAAAAAAGUUAAGAGCACAACAAGAAGUGGAAUUUAUGAUGACCUUUAUGGGGAUUCUAUUCAAGCAAAAGUGGGCUCUUCUUGGGCAUACAAAUCAGAUCAUCAGUCAGAUAAAGACAAAGCUGUUGAGAAGACACAUAGCUCGAAUUUGAACAUGAACUCAGCUGAUGAUAGUGAUGACUUGUUUGGUGACUCAUGAUCCAGCAUUUUCAACAAACAACCAGAUGGAUUUUCAGAAAUUCAUGGAGGAGUUGUUUUGUUUAUCAGGGGUAUUUUUCUCAGUUCGACAUGGUUAUACCCUGCUGCAAAUCAAGGUAUGUUCUUUUGCUUAAUGUUAGGAGCUUAGGACAUGCUUCUUAUGGUGAUGCUCAUGGUGAGUUUAACCUUGUUUACCUUUUUAUUUUCUUAAUCACCUUGGUGACGUUUGACCUCCCUUGUUUCUUUUACUCAACCUGCUGUUAUAAGACCUUUUCUUGUUCAUGAUAUUUUACUUGUUGAAAUGUUCUAAUGCGCUGCCUUGUGAUGAUCUCCUUGGGUUUUCACGAAUUUAAAGUUGGAAAUGAAAAGAUGGGGCUUUGUGUUUGCAUCCUGGAGAUUUUCUGUGUUGUUUCUUCUUAAUAUACGACAUGCAACUCUCCUGCAUUGUAAGCCAUCGAGGGGGAAAGAAUUUCUGCAUUGUUAGACCAUGUUCGCGUUGAUCCUGAUUCCCAUCAGUUAGAUAAUAAAUUUCAUGGCAACCCAACCAUUCCUUCUAUUUUAUGAUGCUUUUUGCUUUGGGUGAUGGCUUGUGGUUGGAAAACAUGUUGAUUAGUAGUGUCCUAUCUUUAUGCAAAGUAAUUCCCUUGCUGCAUGUGGUUGCUUCAUUCUGUAAGAUUAAUUUUAUUUUAUGAUCAGAUCCAGGUCGUGAAAAUACAAAAUAAGGUGAAAUUUUACUUUUCUAGUUUGCUUGGACCAAAAUUUUGUAAGCAUGUUAUACAGGUAGUUCAGGAGGAAAUUAUCAUAGUGAUAGUUAGCGAGCCUAUAAUUUUAAAUGUAAAACAGAACAAAUAAGAAUUUUUUUUGGAAAAGAACAAAUAAGAAUGGUAAGAAUGGAAAAGCUAUAUUCUGCCUUACGACAGGCUCAUUGAAGAACUUGUAAAAACAAUUAUUCUGAUAUUAAUAUGAGUGUGGAUAUCUGAUGAGUGCAUUUCAAAAACCAAGAAUAAAUAAUGCAUCACUGGUGGACUAGGAAGCAUUGAUCUGACAACAUGCGGAUUAACUGAAGCCUUUAUGGACCGAGAAAACUCAUAGUCCUUCAUAUGCCAUCGUUGUGUCUAUGACAUGUGGGUCCCCCCACUGUCACCGACCGCGGCAUAUAAGGGAUUUUGAGUUUAACCAAUGGCAUGUGAGGAAUUUUUCCAAAAAAUAAUGAAUCAUUUGAGACUAUUACUUGGUUACUUAAAUUUCUGAUAUGAUUGGGUGCUACAAAAAAUAGGACUCAUGUUUUCCAUAUAAUCAUUCACGUUCGGAAAUGUAAACAAUGAACCUUGCAAACUGUAACCUGCAGUGCCACUCCAUGUUUACUCAUUCCAAAUAAAGAACAUAUCUUGAAGCAUAGUACACUCAAAAGUAAAAGCAUCUUGAACAUGCACAAUUCCCUUUAUCAUAUUUGUUCCUUGGGUUAUCACAGGUAUAGCAAAGACUAGAGCUUAAGCCAUAAAGCUGCUCUAGUCCUGUGCUGGUUAGAAAAAUAUGCCCUGGAUAGAAAGAGGUUGCUGAUUGUAGUUUGCUAUCAAAAUUGUGGUUUAACACUAGCAAUUUUCAUAAUGUGAUUAUUAAAUUUACUUGACAGAAUGUUUUUUUUAUGUAUGUGCUUUUCGGUUAUUAUAAAAUAUAAAUGUAAUUAUUUAUCUAGAUGGCACUAUUAUUAUAGGGGAUCAUGGAAGAGCAUUUCGAACUACAAAUGUGUCUGGAAGUAGAUUUACUGUUAUCAAGUCUUAGUAAAAAUUGUGGAUAUUCUUAAUGGGCCAUUUAGCUCUGUGAAUGAACAUACAUCUGUAGUUUAGUUUUAAAUAUCUGGCAUUUUCUUUGUUGUUACGUUACCUGGACAUUUCAUAGCUCUCUGAUGCGUCCCAAACAUCUUGUUCCAUUCUAAACUAUAUUCUUGAAUCCUUUCCAGGUAUCUGAAAUCCUUCCCCCCUGCAGUCAGAGUUUGUUUUUUCUUGCAAGAAUGCCUGCUGAUCUUUUUGUAACAAGAUUGAGAACAAGAAACAGAGUUCUUAUGGUUGCUGAAUUAUGUAAAAUUCCCUUGAAAUGUGCAACAGUAUUUUGCAAUGUGACGGAAAUAGUUUAAAAUAUUUUUGGGUAAACUUGCUUAGGUACCGAGCAUGAGAUUUUGUAGGAUAUAAGCUAACCCUUCUAUAGUUCUUAGCUCCAAAAUUACUGGAAGUUCAUGCAUGCUCGUCUGGGAAAAUGUAGCAAGAAAUAUUUUGUAGCUUUAGUCUGUCUGAAUUAGCACAUGACAAAUAUGUGCAGAAGCUGUAUUUGUUCAAUGCAAUUGAAUGUCCGAUUAAUCGCUGCUUAGUGGUA